GAAUGACACAAAGUCAAGACCAUCUGUUAGUGGCAGCUAUCGACUUUGGAACAACUUACUCUGGAUAUGCAUUUUCGAUGAAUGAUACUUUCAAGACGGAUCCUCUUAAGAUAUAUGCUAACCAAGCUUGGAAUGCUGGUGGAAAACAAUUGCUGUCGCUCAAAACACCUACCUGUAUCCUGUUAAAUUCAGACAAACAGUUUGAUUCUUUUGGUUAUGAGGCGGAAAAUAAAUACGCAGAUUUAGUGAUUGAUGAAGAACAUGAAGAUUACUACUAUUUUCACAGAUUCAAGAUGAGUCUACAUAAUAAUAAGAAUGUGAAAGAAGACAUGAUACUUGAAGAUAUAACUGGUAAAUCAGUAAAGGCUAUAGAUGUGUUUGCCUUGUCAAUCGAAGCACUGAAAAAUCAUUUAAUGGCAGCACUGGAGACACAAGGUACGGGAGUUAAACCUUCAGAAAUACAGUGGGUACUUACAGUUCCUGCAAUCUGGUCAGACAAUGCCAAACAAUUUAUGAGGAAAAGUGCAGAAAUGGCUGGUAUCCCUAAGAAUUGUCUUAUGAUAUCUCUUGAACCCGAAGCUGCAUCAAUCUACUGCCAAUAUUUACCUACAGAAAAAUUAAGUGGUAUCGAGUCUGGAUUCACAAUGGCCAGCGUGGGAACAACAUACAUGGUUGUAGAUCUAGGAGGUGGAACAGCAGACAUUACUAUUCACGAAAAACAGAUGGGUGACAAUUUAAAAGAAAUAUGCAGGGCAUCCGGUGGGGACUGUGGUGGAACAUCCGUUGAUGGAGCAUUUAUACAAAUGCUUGCAAAAAUAUUUGGUGCUCCUCUUAUAAAUUCUUUGAAACAAGAGGAACCUGCUGCCUAUUUAGAUCUUAUUAGAGAAUUCGAAACAGUAAAACGAACAGUGACAUCUUUUAAAUCUGGAAAGAUAAAUAUGGCUAUACCUUAUGCUACACUUGAUUCUCUCUGCAAAAAGCAUCUAGACGAAGAUUUACUUCAUUCCAUAUCGUCGUCGCCUUAUGCAAAAUCCUUAACUAUGCGAGGAGAUAAAAUAAGAAUAGAUGCAGAUUUGUUCAGAUCUUUUUUUGAGAAACCCAUACAAAGUUUGAUAGAACUAGUCAAAGAAGUACUUGAACAGAAAGAAGCGCAAUCUGUCGUCCAAAUUAUCCUUGUUGGUGGUUUUUCAGAAUGUUUGCUAAUGCAAGAAGCUAUUAAGAAAGUAUUCACAAAAUGCAGAGUGGUCGUACCAAAAGAAUGUGGCUUGGCUGUUCUCCAAGGUGCAGUUUUGUUCGGACAUAAGCCCAAUUUCAUUGCAUCUCGAAUAAGCAGGUUUACAUAUGGUAUUGAAGCUAAUAUACCUUUUGAUAUAAGUUUACACGAUGAAAAGUAUAAAAGCGUAAAAAAUGGCAAAGAAUGCUGCCGUAACAUAUUUGAUGUAGUAAUGAAGAAAGAUGCACAUGUACCUGCGGGUACAGUUGUUAAAAAGCGGUAUGUGUCGUCGAUUUAUAACGAUAACCGUCGAGUAUUUAUCAGUUUUAAAGUAUUUGUUUCUGAAAAAGACUGUCCAAUGUACACAGUUGAGGAUCAGUCUACUUUAUUAGGGAACAUGCUAAUCAAUAUUUCCGAUUCAUCUGUUGAACACCAAUAUGAUGUUGAAUUAAUAUUUGGAAAUACUGAACUCAGCAUAAGGGUAAAUGAAGCCGACUCGGAUAAUAAGGUGGAAGCAAAGUUUGACCUUAUCUGA